AUGGCCGCCAUCGUCGAACGCAGUCCCCCGACCCAUUCCCCUCCUGGUCCCCAUCCCAAGAGACCCAGAGGUAUCCUCAAGAACUCAUAUCAAAAGUCUCCUCCGUCUUCCCCGCCUGACGAAGCCCCCCUCACCGAGAAGGAGCUCACUCUCGUCAACACGCAAUACAACGCCGGCCACCGACGCUCGUCAUCCGCAGCCCGCCCCUCUGGCUCCCGCCGCCAGUCAAGUCGCACUCCUUCCCACCAGGGCGACGACGAGCAAGACCUCGAGUCGUCCCAGCGCCUCAAGUGGGACGAGGCCAACCUGUACCUGACGGAACAGGAGCGCACCUCGACCAUGAAGAUUGAUGAGCCCAAGACUCCCUAUGCCAAGCACUACGACCCCACCGAAGACCCCUCGGACGACGAGGAGAUGGAAGGCUCCAACAUUGAGAAGAAGCCUCGCACAGCUCGCGCUGGUCCUGGCGUGGAAGAUGAUAUCCCUAUCAUGUCGCUUGGCGAGCCGGAGGAAGCGGUCCCGGAGAGCGAGUCGUCCAAGGAAAAGGCCCUCAAGGCCGUCCACGUCGACGACAGCGCCAGCGCACACGGCGACGAUGACGAGCUGGCCGGCCUUUCUCCCGAAGAGCGGGAGAAGCACCGUCGUUUCGAGGAGUUGCGCAAGAAGCACUACGAAAUGAAGGAUGUGGCCCACUUGUUGGGCCACCCCGAAGAACUGCUCGAGGAGGACGACGACGAGAACAGUACCCGCCCGCCUCCGGUCCCUGCUCUCCCCCGUCCGAGCGAAGCCACCAACGGUCAGGCUUAA